GGAGGAGGUGUUUUGUUUCCGCUGAUCAGCAGAUUACUUGUUCGUUUUUUCGGAUUGAUCCUCUUGGAUUCUUCGAAAGAUGGACCCUAAUAAUCAGAUACAGGCACCAGUUGAAAAUUAUGCAAACCCAAGGACAUGUCUUUUCCAUGUUCUCUUCAAGGGUGCUGCGUUGGCGUUUUACAUUCUCUCUGCGCUCUUCUUCAACAGCUUUGUCAUCAUCUUUGUAGUGACUGUUCUUCUUGCUGCACUUGACUUUUGGGUGGUUAAGAAUGUCAGUGGGCGUAUACUCGUUGGUCUCAGGUGGUGGAAUGAGAUCAAUGACUUGGGAGAAAGUGUCUGGAAAUUCGAGUCUCUUGACCAGGAGUCCUUGGCUCGGAUGAACAAGAAAGACUCAUGGCUUUUCUGGUGGACACUUUAUCUUGCAGCAGCUGCAUGGUUUAUCCUUGGGGUAUUUUCUCUGAUUAGGUUUCAAGCUGACUAUCUGCUUGUUGUUGGCGUUUGCUUGUCUCUCAACGUAGCUAAUAUCAUCGGCUUCACAAAAUGCAAGAAAGAUGCAAAGAAACAAUUUCAGCAGUUUGCCUCGCAGACAAUCGCAUCAAGGUUCCAAUCAACAGUACAAUCUGCUUUCACCCUUGUCUGAAGGGAAGAAUUACAGCUUUUUAAGGGUUGUGAGAGCAAAGAAAGACAGUGUACAAAGAAGAUUGCCAAAACGACAUGGUUGGUUUUUUGACUGAUUGGUUUCAAAUGUUUUGUAAGGGUUUAAGAGGUCCUAUAUUCGUCUUUAUAUGUAUUUUACAAUUUCGACUUACCUAUUAACAUUUUGCAUCUCGUAAUGGUCUUAUCAUAUACAAAUAUUUAGCCCGAAAGAAAAUUCAGAAAUUUUA